CAAAGCACGUGACUAUAACAACUUUUUUUCCCAAGAAAGAGAGGCGGCACUCUCCACCCUUUAUCAAAAAAAAUACGGAGUAAUAAAAAAGAGAGUACAAACACAUGGUCCAGCCGGACACCGGCUUCAAAGUUCAAAAGAUUGUGUUCUGUCAUCUUGACAAAUUUGCCCUCGAAAGAAUGGGUCGUCCGAACGUGCCAAGGUUUGGGAACUGGGAGAAUGAGAUUCAGCCCUACACGGUCUGCUUCGACCAAGCCAGGAAAUAUAAAGGUGGGAAGGCUAUAAACCCGAACGAUCCCCAAGAUUUUCCAGAGAUGUCUCAGAACGUGGCCCCCUCUUCUGCUAAGCCAGGGGAUCAGCUGAGGCGCGGUGGAGGCGGUCCCGCCAUGAAUGAUCCUCCAGGCCGCCGUUCAAACCCUACCACAAGCGCGGGCCGUGAUUCCAGCUUUGGGAAGUUACCCAGGAGGGAAAAGGUGGCGUCCGGAAGAUCCCAUGACAGCAGCCAUGGGAGAGCCCGGUUAAAGCCUCUUCCGGAUCAAAGUCCAGAAGCAGAAACUGCAAUUCCAAGAUUUGGGGAGUGGGGCAGAAACCCUCAAUCAGCAGAAAACUACACCGAGAUUUUCGAAAAAGCGAGAAAGAAAAUGCAGCGAGAAUCAGCUGAUAGGCCAUCAUACAAAGCUCAGAAACAAGUAGAAGAAGCUUCUCAGAAAUGUUGCUUUCCCUGGUGAUAUCAAAGAUGAAGCUCUCUUAGGUUUCAUCUUGAUCCAAUUCAUGAUUACAUCACUGGUUGUUUUGCAGAAUUGGCAGGUUUCUGCUUCAAUUUAUAUAUUUGUAUUUUUCUGAUAUAUAAGGGGUAGUUGUGGUGCAGAUGAAUCUUAUUUUGUGAGCUUUUUUCUUCAUUGAGUGCUUCUAUUAUGGACCUAAGAUGUACCGUG